GCGCCGCCGCCCGGCGGGCGCCGCCCCGCUCGCCGCCGCCGCGGCGGCGUGGCUGCUGGCAGGGGCCCCCCUGGCGGGCUGGGUCUCAGGCUGGCGCGCUGGGGCUCGUGGCCCCAGCCAGCCCCCGCCUCCGCUCCCUUCCGAGUGCGCGCAGCGGGCCUGUUCGACUUCCUGAUGGGUGGGGGGCCAGAGGAGAAGAAGCCCGCCACCGAGACACCGGCGCCACCGGAGGACGGCAAGCCCGCGGCCGCGGCCGCCGAGCCGCAGGGGGACGCCGAGCCCGAUGGGGCUGGUGCCGCCGAGCCAGAGGACGGCAAGCCCGCGGCCGCGGCCGCCGAGCCGCAGGGGGACGCCGAACCCGAGGGGGACGCCGAGCCCGAGGAGGCUGGUGCCGCCGAGCCAGAGGGCGCUGGCGCCGCGAGCGAGGGCGUGAGCGGGGGUGGCGGCGGGGCCGCUUCUGGCAGGCAGCGCCCAGCAGAGAGCCCGCCCCCCCCCCAUCGCCGCCGGUGUGCCGUGGGGGGUGGGGCACCGUGCGGCGCGAGGCCGCACGGCCCCGCGGCUCCCGGCUCGCGGGCCCUUUUGCGGAGCGCGCUGCGGGCUCCUGCCAGCCCCGCGCGGGUCGGUGAGACGUGGGAGGGCACGCUGGCUUCCCGAUCGAAGUCUGGGGCUUACUUCGUCGACAUCGGCUUCGAAAAGACGGGGCUCGUCUGGGCACCCGUACCGGAGCUGAGACGAGUGAAGAUAAGGCAGUCUGUGAAUGUAACAGUCGAGAAGGUAGACUUGGAAUCUGGCCUCUUUUAUGUUUCCAUCGAUGGGAUGACCAAGUUGAAGCCUCUCGAAGACAUAAAGGUGGGCGACAUGGUUGAUGGCAGGGUAUGUCGCAGAACUCCCGCGGGCGUGUAUCUCAACAUAGGCGCUACGAGGGACGCCCUUCUCAAUGGGUCUCGGAAACUCACGUCCAAGCUUGAGAACAAUGAGGUGCUCAAGGGCGUGAGGGUCGAGGUGGUGGACAUCGAGAAACAGCAGAUGCUGGUGUUCUUUGAGGGACUGUCCGAGCUUGUGUCCUCCAGGCCGUCUGGCAAGAACAGGAUAUGGACCCUCAUUGCAUCCACACGCCUAAUCUCGCCCCCUCCCUCAUCCUCCCCCCUGUCGCCCCCUUCCCCC